AUGAAAUGCACGAGGAUAUUCCGGGUAAACAUCAUGGCGGACAAUACAUUGAUUUUAUUUCUCGUCGCUGAACUGGAUGAUGACGAUGAGAAUUAUCAAAACACCUACGAUGCUGAAUCAAUUACCGCAAUAGUUGCUUCAUCAACUGCCUGCCAGGAGAAAAUUAAGAUAAGUGGAUACGUGGAUGAAGUAGUACCUCAGUACCUUUUGGAUGAUUUUAAACGUUUCUUUAGAGUGACAAGAACAACCUUUGAAACUAUUUGUGAAAAUAUUCAGAUGUAUCAAGUGCUUCUUCCAAAUUGGACAGGAGGCAGAGAGCAAAUACCUAUUUUCGAGCAACUUCUAAUCGUAUUAUGGUACGUUGCAAGCCAAGAAACACUGAACCGUAUUGCCGACAGAUUUGAUAUUGCUGAAGUUUCUGUGGUACGAUGUAGAAAUCGUGUUUUUCAUGUUUUCUUUACUUACUUAAAAACAAAGUUCAUUACCUGGCCCCAAGGAGUUCACAGGCAAGAAGUUUUAGAUGGUUUUGAAAGAAAAGCUAACUUCCCAGGUGUGUUAGGUGCUAUUGACGGUACACAUAUAAAAAUAAAAGCACCAAAGCAACACCCAGAGACAUAUCUCAAUCGAAAAGGGUACCACUCUGUGAUUUUGCAGGCAGUAUGUAGGGAAGGUAUGCAGUUCACACAUGUUGUUGCAGGUAGCGUUGGCAGUUGUCAUGAUGCAAGGGUGCUGAGAACAUCUGAUCUCUGGGAAAAUGGACCCGCGAGGUGUGGUGAUGCUCACAUUAUAGUGGAUGCUGCAUAUCCUCUCAGGAAUUGGCUGUUGACCCCUUACAGAGAUAAUGGACAUUUAACCCCAACUCAACGCCACUAUAAUACAUGCCUGUCAACUACCCGAGUAACAGUUGAGCGUGCAUUUGGUGUGUACAAAGGUAGAUUUCGAAGAUUACAAUAUGUAGACACUCACAAAGUUGAAACUGCUGUUGACUUAAUUAUUGUUUGCUGCAUUCUACACAAUAUUUGUAUUCUGAACGAAGAUGAAAUGAUAGACUACUUCGAAGAUGAUAAUGCGGUAAAUCAUAAUCCUCUGCCGAGAAAUCAGGCAGGUGGAAAUGCUGAAGCAAAUGCCAAACGCGAUAAUAUUGCAAACAGUCUUUGAACUUAAGAAGUGUUUGAACCUUUUUACAGAUUUCUUUCUUGCCUGGGCGUGUCAUGUAAUUGCAAAAUAAUGUACUUUUAAAUUACAAAGACAUAAUUUUGUAACAUUUAUGUGUUGUUUGGAAAAACUCAU